AGCCGCACUUCCGGUUGCGCAGCCGAGCAAGGAACGGUCCGUUUCCACAUGUCAGCUGAUUUAACUCAUUCCUGUCUGCUCGCUGACCGAAAGAAAUAUGUCUGGAAAGGAUAGGCUACCGAUUUUCCCUUCUAGGGGUGCCCAGAUGUUGAUGAAGUCUCGUCUGGCUGGAGCGCAGAAGGGACAUGGAUUACUCAAGAAGAAAGCUGAUGCCUUACAGAUGAGAUUCAGAAUGAUUUUGGGCAAAAUCAUUGAGACAAAAACUCUGAUGGGUGAGGUCAUGAAAGAAGCAGCAUUUUCAUUAGCAGAGGCUAAAUUUGCGACUGGUGAUUUCAACCAAGUUGUACUUCAGAAUGUGACUAAGGCACAGAUCAAAAUUCGCUCAAAGAAGGACAACGUCGCCGGUGUUAAUCUUCCAGUUUUCGAAUCCUACCAGGAUGGUACAGACACAUAUGAGCUAGCUGGAUUAGCUAGGGGAGGUCAACAGUUGGCCAAAUUGAAAAAGAACUAUCAGAGGGCAGUGAAACUGCUUGUCGAAUUAGCUUCAUUGCAGACGAGUUUCGUCACUCUGGAUGAAGUCAUCAAAAUCACAAAUCGUCGUGUUAAUGCCAUCGAGCAUGUCAUUAUCCCUAGAAUCGAACGCACUCUGGCAUACAUUAUUUCGGAAUUAGACGAGCUGGAAAGAGAAGAGUUUUACAGGCUGAAGAAAAUUCAGGAUAAAAAGAAGAUUGCCAAAGCUAAGACCGAGGCUCAGCGAUUAGCGAAUAUUGAAGCUGGAAAACACGUAGAUGCAGCUAACAUGCUGGAUGAGGGUGACGAAGAUUUACUUUUCUAAAAAGUGUGAAUCAGUUUCUGGGAAAUUGCGAAGUACAUGACGCAGAAUAUGCAGUGUGAAUGAAGAGAUCAUUACGUAUUGUAUAAUCUGCGCGAUGAGCUCCAAAAAAGUUAAAAAUUGAGAUGAAAAUGUUAGAAAAGUUUCAUAAUGAUCAGACAAUACUUGAGAGUCGAGAUGAAGAAAAAUUAAGGAAAAAAAGAAAAAUAUCUCUGUAUUACGACGUUACUAUCGAUCGACACCGAAACUGUUGAUAAUACGUAAAUGUAGGGCAAAAAUAAUUUUUUUUUGUACCGUAUUGAUACUCUUUCUUUUUGUCUUUCAUUUUUACUUCGUUGCUCUUAGCCAACGGCAUUUUGAUAAUGCGUGCAAAAAUGUUUCUAUUCAAGAGUCUCUAAUCAAGGAAGCGAAUAGCUCCCUAGCUUCCUUUUUCACGGACUCUUCAGCACAGUCGACAGCCGCCCAGCCAGUUUGCAAUAAUUUAUAUGUGGUAAAAACUUCAAGAAAAGCAUUAGCAAUGAUGCUAAUACUCUUAGUUUGUGAUGUACUUGAUGGCACACAAGGUUUACGUG